AUGCACGGGCCGUUCACAGGGCACCACCCGCGCCUCGGCCACCACACCGCCUCCGUAGGCCACCACUGGUUCGACGGCGGCCGCCAUGCGGCGGCGGGCGCCGCCAGCGCGGGCGGGCGCGCGCCGUUUGGCGGAGGGCACCAUCCGCGGAAGGCGGAUGGGACGUAUUUGUUCGGGCAUCAUCCGUCGGGAGUGGGGCAUCAUUUAAAGCGCGGGCAGAAGUGCUUGGACACCCCCCCUCUCCCUUCCCCCUCUCCCCUCCCUCCUCUCCCUCAUUUCCCUCCUCUCCCUCAUUUCCCUCCCCUCCCCCCACCUCCCUCCCGUUGCAUCAAUCGCGCCUGCAAUCUCUGCAGCGACUGCCUCACUGCGUGUCCGCCGUUCACCCUUCUCUCUUUUUCCCUUUCCUCCUUCUCCCUCCACUUCUUCCCCCAUCCCUCCCUUUUCCGCCUGCCGUUGCUUCAGGCGCGCGUGUCGCAAUCUCUGCAUCGACGUGUUUCACUGCGACAACUUUCGAGACGUCUCAAAAGUCUCUUCAGGCGCGCGUGUAGCAAUCGCUGCAUCGACGUGUUUCACUGCGACAACUGCCUCACGGCGUGUCCUUCUGUCCUCUCCCUCCUUCCCUCUUUUCCCCCUCCUUCUCGUUUUUCCCCCCACCAGGCGCGCGUGCCGCAACCUGCGCAGCGACGCGUGCGUGCCGCAACCUGCGCAGCGACGUGUUUCACUGCGGCAACUGCCUCACGGCGUGUCCGACAGGCCACCAGUGCUGCGACGGCGCGUGCGUCAGCACCAUGGACGAUCCACGUCACUGCGGCGGCUGCUACAACACGUGUCCUGCUGACGCGGCGUGCCAGCUGGGAAUGUGCGGAUACGGCAGCAGCAGCAGCAGCAGCGGCGGCAGUGGUGGUUCUCGCGGCAGUAGUGGGGAUGGUAAAGGAGGGUCUACUGCUAACGUUGAGGCUAGAGGCCGUUAUAACGGUGCUGGCGGAUUCAGCAGUACCACCAGUGGCGGCUGGGGCAGCGGCAGCAGCAGCAGCAGCAGCGGCAGCGGCAGCAGCAGCGGCAGCGGCAGCAGCAGCAGUGAGUAUGAGAGGGGUGCAGGAGAGAAGCUAUCACCUGAAGAUGACGAAAGGGGUCCAGGAGGGCAAGGGGAAGGCGACUGAAGGGCACGGGCACUCACAUGCAAGCAGUGAGGGUGGUAAGGGCGGCAAGGGCAAAGACAGCAGCAGCAGCAGCAGCAAGGGAGGGGUGCAGGAGAGCAGCUAUCGUAUGGAGGUGACCCAGGAAGGCAAGGGGAAGGCGAAUGAAGGGCGAGGGCACUCACACGCAAGCAGCGAGGGUGGCAAGGGCGGCAAGGGCGACAAUGGUGGCACCAGCACAAGUGGUGGCAGUAGUGGUGGGAACGGCAGCAUCGAAGGGGGGAAUAACGUGUUUAAGGUGAACACAGAACGCAAGGAGAAGAGCAGUGGUGGUGCUGGGGCAGGGCAUGAGGCGCAGAGCAGCGCCGGUAGUGGUGGUAGUGAGGCAGGGCAUGAAACGCGGAGUAUCCCUGGUGGUGGUGGGCAUGAUGGGAGUGGCGGUGGCGGAGGGGAGAGGACGAAAAUCGAACAGCAACAGCAGCAGCAGCAACAGCAGCAAGCGGGAGAUAAGGAGCAGGAGGGAAGGCAGCAGCAGCAGCAGCAGCAGCAGCAGGCGCAAGAGCAAGGACAGGAAGAGGAAGGGGGAAAGCAGCAGCAUGAACAGCAGCGGAGCGUGAGGUUUGAGGACGAGUGGCAGCAGCUGCUGUCAGUGGCAGAUAGCAGCAGACUCGCCACCCACACUGCUGCUGCAGUCCAUGCCGGCACAGGGGUCCGCAAGAGUGACGGCAGAACUGGUGGCAGCAGCAGUGGAACCCACGCUGCUGCUGCCCAUGCUGGCACGGGUGGGAGUGGCGGUGACAGCAGCGAUGGCAACAGUGGUGGCAACGGCGGUGGUGGCACUAGUCACAGUCCUGACCCUGAUGACGGUAGUGGUGCUGGGGGGAAAGGAGAGGGUAGAAAAGGGCGGAGUGUGGUAAAGAGAGGUGGAGAGGUCAAAGAGGGGUGGACGCCUAUAUCUGCGUUGAUCGCCAUGCAGAGGCGCAUAGAGGCGGGCAUGGCGUGGCAAGGAGCGGAUGGGGACCGUGCUGCUGCUGCUGGCAAGGGUGGUGGAGGUGAUGCUACUGCUGGGGGUGAUGGUGGUACUGCUGAGUGGUUGGGAGUCCACAGCAGCGGAAGGCAGCAAGCAGGACAGCAUCAGGCGGGGCAUGCAAGGCAUGGUUGA